AAGUAAGAUGCACCUUAUUACAUUAUAUCAUUUGCGUCUUUGACAUAUAACAACUGGAUUACCAGACAGAGACCAAACAAGAUCAGUUCGUACGAUCAUGUCUUCUUCCUCUCUUCCUCCACUCCUCCUCUUCUUCACCGUCUUACUUCUCUCCGCCGUCGCCGAUCACCACGACAAAACCAGAUCUCGCUUCAGACCACCCCACUUCUCCUCCUCUUCUCCCUCCCAAAACGCCACGUCACCUACUCGCUACCUCGAGGUCAAAAAGCCACCCGUCCCCGACUCUCCCUCAACUCAACAACCCUGCUCCCACCAAAUCCUCCACCACGACUUCGCCUACACCUACUCCAAGCCCCCGGUCCUCGCCAACUACACUCUCCCCUCUCACUGCCCUUCCCAACAAUUCUCCAAAAUCGUCCUCGAGCUCAGAUCCACCUGCCGAGGCCGACAGUUCGACCGAAUCUUCGGCGUCUGGCUCGACGGCGCAGAGCUUCUCCGCAGCUGCACCGCCGAGCCUACGCGAAACGGCAUCGUUUGGUCCGUCGAGAAAGACGUCACUAAAUACCACUCCCUCCUCGUCAAGAACCAGACUCAGACCCUCGCUCUCUACCUCGGCAACAUCGUGGACAAAACCUACACCGGCGUUUACCACGUCGAUGUCAUCUUCCAUUACUAUCCACUCGAUUCGAGCCACAUCUCUCCUCCCCGAGCUGAUAUGAUCGUGCCUAUUUCGAGAAGCCUCCCUUUAAACGACGGGCUGUGGUUCGAGAUCUCGAGUUCGAGUGAUUCCAAGCGCAAGGAGAUCAAGAUCCCUAGGAAUGUGUAUAGAGCCGUUCUCGAAGUUUAUGUUUCUUUCCAUGAGAACGAUGAGUUUUGGUAUGGGAAUCUUCCUAACGACUUUAUUACAGCUAACAAUCUUAGUGCCGCUGGUGGUAACGGACCUUUUAGAGAAGUUGUGGUGACUCUCGACGGUAAAGUCGCAGGUGCGGUCUGGCCUUUCCCUGUUGUUUUCACCGGUGGGAUCAAUCCUUUGCUGUGGAGACCCGUGACGGCUAUUGGCUCGUUUGAUCUGCCGAGUUAUGAUAUUGAGAUGACGCCGUUUUUGGGGAGUUUGUUGGAUGGGGAGGGUCAUGAGUUUGGGUUUAGUGUGACUAACGCGUUGAAUGUUUGGUUUGUCGAUGCGAAUUUGCAUCUUUGGUUGGAUCGUGAGAAGGAGGUGGUCGAAGGGGAGGUGCUUGAGGUUAGUAGAAGCUCUCUGGAGAUUAGCUCUGUGUUAGAUUUCAAAGGGUUGAAUGGAGAGUUUAAGACGGAGGCUAAGAGGUUGGUAAGUUUGAAAGGUUUGGUCAAGUCUUCUCAUGGGGAGAUUGUGACCACUUCUCAUCAGGAGUUCAGGUAUGUAAACAAGAUGGUUUUGGGUAAAGAUGGGAGCUUGCAGAUUAUAGAUCAGUUGAUCGAAGGCGAAGACCGUGUUCAAUCCAAGAGAGGGUCAAGGCCAAUCUACGCGGCGAAAUCUAUUAAGAGUUUUCCUUUUUACCUAUACUCUGACUCCUUGGAGCAAGAGACCAAUACGUCUCUGGAGGUUGCUAAUGUGACGAUGGGAUUCAACGAGGAGAGAUCAGAGAGUGAUAAUGGGAUGAUGAGAACGUUUAAGAGCAAGGUGGAGAAUAAGCAAGAAGGGCAAGGGGUGAUGGUGGUGAAGAAUAACUUAGUGGUGAAUGGAUAUGGGGGAACGCAACAAGUGUAUAGCUAUGUUGGAAGUGACCAGUGUUACUUUAGGAACAUUAGUAGCUUCAACUACGAAAUUUUAUAUGACAAGGUUGAAGCUGUUUGCGAGAAGAAUACACUGAAGAUGCCCGAGCAUCUAGCCGGACUAGAGACGUUGACCUCGCUCUUGCUGUGAAUGACAGUGGAGAAAGAAACAUCAUUAAAUAAGUACAGAAGAAGUAUUUGUGUGUUCGUUUCUGUUAUUUUCAGACGAUGUCUCGGUCAGAUUUGCUAUGUUGUAAACUGUCUUCCCUCGUCAUGUUCUAACUUCUAGGCAAAUAGAACCGGUCCGGUUUAUCAGGGGUUAAUGAUUGAUAAACCGGUUAAUUUGAA